AUUAUUGAAGAGAAAGAAAAAGAUUUGACUGAGGAAGGCACGAGUGCAAGACUGAAUGAAUAUUUAGUGCGGAAAAGGGCGGAUAUAAUAAUAUAAAGCCCAGAUUCCCUUCCACGGCUGACAGUCUGUAUGUCUCAUUCAUAGCGUGGCUCUGUUUCUGCUUCAUAGCCUCACUCUCACUAUCUCUUCUUUUUUAGCUCUCCACUCUGCCAUUGCCAAUAUGCCCAUGGCUUUCCUCCUUCAAUCUGGCUGGCUGUAUUUGAUUACACAUUUCAGUGACUUUCAGCUGGCGUGCCUAGGAAGCUUUUUUCUUCAUGAAAGUGUCUUCUUCUUAUCUGGACUUCCCUUUAUAUAUAUUGAAAGGGCAGGUUGGCUGAGCAAGUACAAGAUUCAGACCAAAAACAACAGUCCUGCUGCCCAAGAGAAAUGCAUUACUCGCCUACUUUUAUAUCAUUUUGGUGUCAAUCUACCGGUUAUGCUAUUCUCAUACCCUGUAUUCAAAUACAUGGGCAUGCAAAGUAGUCUUCCGUUGCCGUCCUGGAAAGUAGUUCUAAUACAGAUAAUAUUCUACUUCAUCCUGGAAGAUUUUGUCUUCUACUGGGGUCAUCGGAUUCUGCAUACAAAGUGGCUGUAUAAGAAUGUGCAUAGUGUCCACCAUGAAUAUGCUACACCAUUUGGACUGACAUCUGAAUAUGCUCACCCUGCUGAGAUACUGUUCCUUGGAUUUGCUACUAUUAUUGGUCCUGCCAUCACUGGUCCCCAUCUGAUAACUUUGUGGCUAUGGAUGGUUCUGAGAGUUCUGGAGACAGUUGAAGCACACUGUGGUUACCACUUCCCAUGGAGCCUUUCCAACUUUAUACCUUUGUAUGGGGGUGCUGAUUUCCAUGACUAUCACCACCGCUUGCUAUAUACUAAAUCUGGAAACUACUCAUCUACUUUUGUCUAUAUGGACUGGAUUUUUGGCACCGAUAAGGGUUACAGAAAAUUGAAGGGACUGAAGAGUACUGGAGUUGAAAAUGGCGGCAAGCAAAUAUGCUUUUUCCUGAAUAAUUUGAGUUAUGAAAAGGACCCAGCUAAUUGAGUCGGCUUCAUAUGUCAGUGGAAUGUUAAUAUACUUUUUGGGAGCUAGACAUCGGUUGUUGUUUUUUUAUAUUUUGUUUUUAUCUCCAUAACGGGCAGUUAAUCUCAUAAUUUGUAUGAAUAUGAGAUCGAUAAACAAGGUACCAUUAAUUUUGGACUUCCCCAAGUGUAUUUCUUUAGUCUUUGCCCAGCCCAAGGGUGUUUUUGUAAGUGGAAAAUGGAGAAAUUUUCUA